AUAAGCUUUUAAAUCUCCAGUUUAUACAUUUGGCAGACGCUUUUAUCCAAAAUGACUUACAGUGCUUUACAGCUCUGUUUUACCAGUAUGUGUGCAACCAGAAAAAAUAAAAUGAUUUUAAACAUAUUUUGAAGAGUUGGCCUUUUUAAUUUAGCUGAGUCAUUAUGUUCCUGCUCAUCUUGAAGCAGAGCUGUAUAUGAUGUAUGUCAGCAGGAGGGCGGGGCAGGAAUGAGAUAUGUGAUCAUACCGUCAUUCAGCUCCCACCCGUUUUAAAGCCCCAGUUUGAGCCACUGAUAGGGACAGCUAUCAUUAUCAGACCAAUGCAAUGACCCCUCCCUUUUACAGACGUGUCUCAUACAUAGCCAAAAGAAGAGUCACUGAUAUUUAAUAUCAAAAACCUUGUAGAACUUUCAUCUGUGAAAGUGUUUCACCAGAUGCCAUAGAAGUUCUAUUUCACAGUGCCAUAUAAGAACCCUUUUUGGGUGUAUAUAAACAACCUUCAACAUAGAACCUUUUUGUUUCACAAAAGGCUCCUUGAAAAGGGUGCCUUAGAUUAUAAAAAGUUAAAAUAUAAAUGGAUCUUUUAAGAACAUUUUACCGAAUUCAAUGUUAGUAUUUUUACCCCCAAAAUGGUUUUAAGCCAGUUAUUUAUAUCCUUUAAAGACACAUACCUGCAAAGCUGCUACUAAUAAACAUAUUUAGGUAAAAUUUUAGAAAUGUGGGAAUGCUUUCAAAUUAAAACAAUGCCACAAGUCGAUUUUUUUAUCAAUUAACUUCUAUUAACUAAAUCAAAUCAACAUUUGGUGUGACCCCUUAUUUGCUUUUGUCACAUAGUUUUUCAGCUUUGCUGGUUUCUUCAAGCUUCUUGGAGACAUUGCCACAGUUCUUUUGGAUUUAGUCUGUCUCAUUUAUCUUUCUUUAUGUAAUAAUAGACAGUCCUAAUGAUGGUAAGACCAGAUCUCAAUGUAGAGUUGGAUUAUUACAAAUAAAGGCAAAAGGAAUGUUUGGAAACUGCAUGAUGUUUCCUGACACACUGCAGCAAAAGAUAAAAUAACUCUUAUUUUGGGGCGGGUGAAAAUACUAAAUUCCUGGGACUUUUGCACAGUAUAUAUAGUUUUAUAAAAGUAUUUAAACAACUUUGACACUGUGCAAAAAUUAAUUUAAGAUUUGUACACUACUGGUUCUGUAAAUCCAAGCUAUUGUAAAAUGAAUAGAUGUUAUGUUAUAAUCCAUGUAAUAUAAAUCUGCAUUAUAUAUUGUGUGUAAUUAAUGAAAAGAUACUGUGGCAUAAGUUUUCAUGAAUUGUUGCCAGUAGGAUAUGUUUGACGCAGAGAAUUUGCUGCCUCUGCAGAGUAUUGCGCAGUAUCGACUCUCACGUGAUUAACUCCGGAUCGCCUGUGAGUCGAAGACACGGACCGACAGAAACUCAUUUCAACCAUUUUCUUUCGUUUUAGUAAUUUUGUAACGAGUUGGGGUGCGUAUCAUUUUAUUUCAUGCUUAAUAUGUGAUCGAAACUGCAUGGAAAAACGGUCCAGGAACCGCACACGACAAUUUAAGUUGCGUUUUGUUCAGGUAACAAGUUUUGGAAUAGUCACAGGUAACAUAUACUGCAUUUGGGUCACGACGUCUCAAAAUGCUCUCAAAAACCGAAAAAGAGCUUAUUGUACAUAUCUGGGAAAAAAUGCUUCCAGUGGCGGAAGAUAUUGGAUCUGAAGCUCUUUUAAGGAUGUUCACAACGUUCCCUAAAACAAAGACAUACUUCAAUCAUCUAGACAUCAGUCCCGGUUCACAGCAUUUACGCUGCCACGGGAAGAAAAUCAUCCAGGCUUUAGCUGAAGGUGCCAGAAAUAUAAGCACACUUACCACUACGCUGGCACACCUCAGCAGGUUUCACGCGUAUCAAUUAAGAAUACAUCCGACGAACUUCAAGCUUUUCAAUCACUGCAUACUUGUGACGCUAGCUUGCAAAAUGGGUGAUAACUUCACUCCAGUUGCACACGCGGCCAUCGACAAGUUUCUUUCGGCUUUCUCGGCAGUUUUGGCUGAGAAAUUCCGAUGAAGACCUCAGAAGACGAUGAAAUGGUUCUGCGAACUUAAUUUAAUCAAAUUGAAGAGUGUCUUUUACGCGUUGUCUAUUCUUGAAUGCAAUGCCAUGGUAGGCUAUAUUUAAUAAAGAACAUAAAGCCAAUAAACCUUAAUUGAAAGCCUCUCUUAUUGCGCCCUCUGUUGGACGGUUUGCCAAUGCACAAUAAAUGCAGUUCAAGAGUUAGCCUACAUCGUCUGUAUCUCACUGCUACGUUUCAAGAAUAAGGCAAGGUGGCAAACAAGAUAGAUUAAGGUAUGCAUAAAUGCGUUUUUUAAAUAAACAAACAAAUGAAUAAACGUACAUUAUUGUUUUUGUAGAACGGUUGGGUUUCUUAAUCGAUGACUUUGACGUUGCGAAAUUGGUGCCCAAAUGCAUGUCAACUUCUUAGAGGAACCGUACUUAAAAUGCGGUGAAUAAAUAUAUGAAUAAAACAACCAGUGAGUUUUUUUCAUCAGUGACGUGCUUAAUAGACUGUAGGUGUGGUGCUGUCCAGUUAAGUGCUGAAACCUUGUCCAUCGAAAUGGACGGCGCUCUCCGUUGUGCUGAAAUCAUCAACGCAUUAUUAAUUGUGCAUUCAGUGAGUUCAUGUCUGCAUUUGUAUUAUCGAUAGGCCUAUGUUGCAAAGUAUUAGAGUUACUUGUUUAACUCUUGUCCGAAAAGGGAAGGAAGUGGUCGGCCUCAAACUUCCGCUGCUUCCUAAUGAUAAAAGGGCAAAGGCUAUACAAAACCUUCAACCCGUCAUUUAA